AUUAUUCCGUGUAUAGAAAAGUUUAGUAUUUGCAACCACAAUUACACUUCUGUUCUGAUUGAAAUGAUGUGGUUAACAACUGUUGCUUUAAUACUGAGUAGUAUAUGCUACCAAACUGAAGCCAGAAUAGAUUUGCCAGUAUCAUGGAGAACAUGUGGCAAUGUUUACAACAUGCAAGAUGUAGACGAAAUACACCUGACAUAUGACGGUGACAAUAGGAGAAUUUCAAGAUGUACACUUCAGUUUACAAACAGUGACACCAGGUGGAAACAGAUUUGUGUAAAACCAACGAUUUUACGAUUGCAGUGUUCUACCACUGUAAACUAUUAUAUCUUUAAGGUGACACCCUCAAUUGAUAGCGAGAACAAGCUUGAAUGUGACCGUACACAUUUUACAGAAUGGUGCUCCGAUGCCAAGGAUUUGUUCCUAGUAUUUAACAGUUAUGGUUCCGAACUAAAUCAUAUAUCUCUAACCAUCACCUUAGUUACAGUUAUUCCGGAAUCCUUGAUUCUAGGAAUAUCUAUCCCUGUCGGGUUGAUGUUAUUGCUGGUUAUUGUAUGUAUAUGUAAGAAGAAAUGUGACUCUGACCAGAGUACAUCGACAGUGGGAGCAAGAGGUACGAGUCAGUUACCAGCAUAUCCACGGGUAGCAGAGGGAAAUUCAGGCUCGCGCGCAAUUCACACAUCAACAUCACCAAGAUUAUCUGUCAACCGGAUAAGAAACCAUCCGACCUAUCACACUGGAUAUGACUUACAUCCUAUACAAACAAAUCAUCACAUGAAUAACACUUACAUGUAUCAAAGCAACCCGCAAACAGAGCCAUCUGGUCAUUUUGCUGUGGCACAGGUACAAACUGCAAUCCCAAUUCAAACUUCUCCAGGUGGAGUAAAGAACCACACGUUUAAUCAAGUCUACCAUCAUUCAAAUACGACCCAUGUUAACCCUACAGUGAAUAUUUCUACCGUGCCAGGAUAUUUAAACAGUGAACAAUGUUAUCAAAACAGCACUCAGUAUCACCCUGUACAGAAUAUAGUAUCGAUGCACACACCAGCAACACAUUCUCGGUACGGACACACUAGUAAUGGCUGUGAUCUUAACCUAAGUACCAAAGCUUUAUCUCCUCGUUUGAACACCUCUCCAAGACAACCUCGAAAUAAACAAACAUCCAAACAAAAUACUUCUGGGUACCAAAGUUUCAUACCGCAUGGUGCAUUUACUGAAAAGUCGUCAAGGCUUACGGCUUCUCCUAAAAUAAAUCAACAACUAAGAUCAUCUGACAAUAGACAAUCUUUCCAUGGACAAAAUCGAGUACAACAACUGCCUUCUACCAGCCAAAAGCAUACGCAGCAAUCCCCAGACCACGUGCAGAUAAGCGUGCAUUCUCCAACUCAUGGAUCCACAUCACCCAUAUUAUCAAGUAGACAAUCGGUCUUCUAUAAAACAGAUGGUUCCUCUUUAAACAGUUCACAAGCCUCUUCUCCAUUACCAAAAGCUAGGGUAAACAAUAAAAGACAGGGUCACACACAAGGAAGCAGCCUCACCCCGGAUUAUAAACCAGUACAGCCACCAUCGGGUGCACCCCCAUCAUAUGAGACUGCCAUGAGCUCGUCAUACCAUGAGAGAAUGAAGGAGUAUGAUUCUGAAUGGGAUAAGAAAGGAAACUUAUGAUUUAAUUUUUUGUUUAAUGAUGCUAAAAUUCAUUCUCAUUGAACAAUAAAUAUUGUGAUUCGUGUUCAAUAAUUGUCGUGAUUAUAUUUAAAUAUCGUGAAUUUUUUUAAUAAGAUAGCAUCCUUUAAUGCUUUAAUGUUUGAGAUUCUGUUUAAUAAAUAUACCUGAAUAAAAAAUUAAACUAAUAAAUCAAUAACGUUAAACUCUUUCGAAUAUGCAUAUACAAUAAAUAAGUAAAUAAAAUAAAACUAUACAGGUAUGAAAAAAUCAUUGCGAAAAAAAGUGUUUAAUUUUAUUUUAUAGCUUAUGAUUAAGACAAUUACCUAAAAUUAUUUCUAAACGAUUUUAGCGCGAAUUUUUGUUUUAUGAUGAUGCAAAUUGUAAAUAUAGUU